GUGACAGUGUUGCUUCCUUUCCAUCACGUGUCUCUCUAACCGACACCCCCCUUAAUACGUCACAGUGCUGAUGCAACACAGUGGCUUUUUUGCUCGACAGCUUUGGGGCACAGAUUUUAGUUUAUCUCCGUCUUAACAGAUAGGGUCUGUUGGUUUAGGAAGCGAGUGAAGAGGCUCGUCAGUCAGUCACAGACACCAGCGAGGUCAUCCGUAGUACGCGGCGUGGUGCCAGCUUUAACUUAUUUAAUUGGUUUGUUAUUUAAAAACAAAAAAAAGUGCGUGGGGAUGGAUGAGGGAGCCAGGGGCACAUCAAACGGAGAAGCGCACAUGGACAAAGCGGCUUCUGGCAAUGGCAACAAUUCUUCGGUAGUUAACGGCCUCCCCAUAUGCAAAAAAGAGGCAGCCGGCUCCGCCAUGAACCGGGUGAAGAAAAUCGUCAUGGCUAACUUGCUGGUGAUCUUGACCGUCGCCGGGGUCAUUAUCGGGGUGGUUAUCGGACUCGGGGUGAGAAAUGUAGAACUGUCAAAAGCCCACAUACUGUACUUUGGCUUCCCGGGAGAGCUGUUGAUCAGGUUGCUGAAAAUGAUUAUCAUUCCUCUGGUGGUGUGCAGUUUGGUGUCCGGUGCCGCCAGUAUCGACCCCAAAGCCCUGGGCAAGUUAGGUGGCUGGGCGAUGCUGUUUUUCUUAGUCACUACUUUAAUUGCAUCCGCCAUUGGGGUUUGCAUGGCUUUCGCUAUCCGACCAGGGGUCGGCGCGGGAGCCAGACCGGUUUUAUCUGGGAUGGAAGAUGCGGUACCCCAGUCCAAAGAAGUGGUGGAUUCGUUCUUGGACCUCGUGAGGAACCUCUUCCCCUCGAACCUGGUCUCUGCUGCAUUUCAGUCGUAUGCCACAAGCUACAAAUUGAUACAGAAAAACACCACCGAUGAAUCUAACUACGAAGUGGAAAAGGUCCCGUUUGGAAAGGAAGUGGAUGGGAUGAAUAUUCUGGGUCUGGUCGUGUUCGCCAUAGUGUUCGGCAUCGCUCUGAGGAAGCUGGGGGAAGAGGGGGAGAUUCUCAUCAAGUUCUUCAACUCCUUUAACGAGGCCACCAUGGUCCUCGUCUCCUGGAUCAUGUGGUACGCCCCAUUGGGUAUCAUGUUUCUCGUGGCUGGGAAGAUCGUGGAGAUGGAGGACGUGGGCAUGCUUUUCGCUAGUCUGGGGAAGUACAUCUGCUGCUGCGUCGUGGGCCACGUCAUCCACGGGCUGCUCGUGCUGCCCCUCAUCUACUUCAUCUUCACCCGCAAGAACCCCUACAGCUUCCUGUGGGGCAUCUUCACUGCGCUGGCCACUGCGUUCGGGACGUCCUCCAGCUCAGCCACCCUGCCCCUGAUGAUGAAGUGUGUGGAGGAGAAGAAUGGCGUCUCGAAGCACAUCAGCCGCUUCAUCUUGCCCAUCGGAGCCACGGUCAACAUGGACGGGGCCGCGCUCUUCCAGUGCGUGGCCGCCGUGUUCAUCGCUCAGCUCAAUGACUACUCGCUCAACUUCAUCCAGGUCAUCACCAUCCUGGUGACUGCCACCGCGUCCAGUGUAGGUGCUGCAGGAAUUCCAGCAGGGGGCGUGCUCACGCUCGCCAUCAUCCUGGAGGCUGUGGGCCUGCCCACUAACGACAUCUCCCUCAUCCUGGCUGUUGAUUGGCUUGUGGAUCGUACCUGCACGGUUAUCAAUGUAGAGGGCGACGCCUAUGGGGCGGGGCUUCUGCAGAACUUCGUGGACCGGAACGCAGACAAGAGAGAGGGGGCGGAGCUGACCGAAGUGAGGCUGGAGGAAGUCCUGCCCACGAAGCCGACCCCACUCAAAGAGGAAGAGGCCACCCCCCUAAUCAAGGAAGACACAAAAGUCACUUUGGAAGGAACAGAGUCAGAACGAUGUGAUCAAGAGUCUGUGAUGUAACUGCUAAAGGCUUUUACACCCAGAGGAAUGAGUGGAUCGCAUUCGAAGAGAAAAAAUAAACAAGACACUCGAACUUUAGCUAUACGUACCAAGUCAAAUAUUUAAAAGGGUAAAGUGCUUGGAAAAACAAUUUUGGCUUUUUAAAAAAAAUGUUAUCCUAUUUUUAUUACAUUAAAAAAAAAAAAAUUAUCCAAGCUGCCCUUAAAUGAAUCCAUGUCAAGUUUUAGUUUAAUAUGAAAAGUUCUGCUUGUUUGACGCACUCCUGAUACAGCCAUUGUGUCCUUCUACAGUACAUCGGCAUCCGUUCAUUGAAAACAAAAGCAAAAACGCAUAGCAUUGGGACCAGAAAACCUAGUGCUGUCAACGUUGGAGCCGAAAGACCAGUGGGACUGUUUUAAAGGGAUUCUGCAGCCAAAUAGUUGCGGGUUUGAAUCCCAGUAAUGUCAAACUGCAAAACUGGAAUAGUGUUCCAUUUCCCAGUUCUUCUGUUCUGGUAUUUUUUUAAUAGUCAAAACAGUGGCAGAUCUGAAUACAAGUGCUGUGGUGGAAUUUUUUAUAGACCCAACAUUAAAGUGUACAAUACAGAGGCAGUGAUGCGAGGUAUAUGCAGUACAUUUUUAUGGUGGCGUUAAGAUCCGCCGCUAUUUAGAUUAUUAAAAUAAAACCUGCGAAUAAAUUGAUUCAUUGUGGGUGUGCCAUUUCAAUCUAUUUUUAUACUUGUGUAAAUAGUGUAACACUUUUUUUUUUUUUUUUAGCGUGUGUGGGGGGGCAGGGUGCAUUGCUUUAACAUUCUCUCCAAAUGCAGUAGUUUUAAAGUGUUGUGUACUAUUGUAAUGUAGUUUUUAUAACUGUAAACUGUGCAGUCUGUUACAGAAGACUUUCUGUAAGGUUUCUACUCCAAAUGAAAUACUUCUGUGUGAAAUAGGAUCUUUCUUAGCCCCCUGGAAAGUAUUUCUGGACCUGUGUAAUUACAGACUGUUGUUUUCUAUCAUUCUGAGUGGUGUCGAGGCUUGCUUGUUCCAUGCAAACCACAUGAAAACCAUUGCUGGCAAUUUAAAAAAGAAAAUAGAGGAGUAGGUGGUGCUGGCAGAAAGCUGAGAAGUUGCAUGGUUUGAAUGGAAUGAGGCUGGCUGUUCAGACAAGCUCAAAUGAGGAUCAAAGCCAGGUAAAGGUGGAUUUAAAGAAUGUGGGAGAAAUAAACCCUAGAACCACUGAAAUGCAAUUCAAAUGACAUUGAAAGCUGCCUUGUAUUUAGACAGGGGUCCCCCCUUUCUGUGUUUCAUCUACGUAUGUGCUUUCUUCCUUCAGUGGGGUGACCUAAGGUUUCUUGACAAGGGUGCACGUGACAAUACUGAAGGAAGGAAGCAGGUGGCAUGUGCUGUAACAAGUCUCCACUAACAGUUUGUGUACUCUGUUGUCACCCCUCCCUGCCCCAGUGUUGGAGCAACAAUUGAUAUCUCGGUUCUUUUUAGAUUUGUUUGUUUUAAGAAUCAAACUGACCAAUAAUUUUCUGACAGUCACCUAAAGCUAAAAAGGAUCAGAUGAUACUGAGAUGUACUGUUCUUAACUCUGUUUUUUGAGGGAGGGAGGGAGGCGUAAGAGCUAGGUGAUAUAGAUGGUCUUAUGUAAAAAACAAUAAUAAAAUACCAUGAUUAAGACAA